UGAAAGGCAGUGACCCCCCUUCGAUCCGGUUCGCAGCUUCGAACAACGAAGAGCUCGAGCUCGCCGGCGAAAUGGAGGGAAGGGAACGAGCAAAGAGCAUUCAAUCCAUUAGCUUGGUCUUGGUCCUCAUCUCGGCGGUGUUCGUUCCGGUUCUAUCCAUUGAUGACAAGUGCGGGGCUUGCAAUGCCGUCGCGGGUGAGAUUGAGCUUGGACUUUUGAGAGAAAAACCAAGAAACCAUUUGGACAUGCGACACCGUUUGGACUCCAAGGGCCAGCGUGAAGGGAAAGUCAUUGAUUAUAAGGUCAGCGAGUUGAGAGUUGUUGAACUCUUGGAUGGCCUCUGCGAGAAAAUGCUUGACUACACUCUGGAGAAGGUGGAUUCAGGUAAAAAAGAAUGGAUCAAAGUAAAGGACUGGGACAGCCUCAAAGCAGAUAAACCAAAAGCACGAGCAUAUUCAAAAGAUUUAUCUUCAUAUUGUGGAAGGUUGCUUGAGGAAACAGAAGAUGAGCUCACUGAGCAGAUAAAACAAGGAUCUGUUCAACCUGAGGAUGUAAGCAAGAUUUUGUGCCAAGAUCUCAGCAAGCAUUGCCGCAACGUGAGUGAUUCCACAUCUAAAGAUGACCAUAAAGAAUUGUGAGGACAAAGCAAAUAAAUUAUUGCUUUAAAUUUUUUAAUCGGUGGAUGAUGAACAAGCUUGGCAACAAAACAAUCCGUUUAAUCAUCUACAGAGGUCCCUUUUUUUAAAUCAUUUACUCAUAUAGACAAAUGUUAUGAUUAUGUACUACUAAAACUAAUGUGUACCUCAACUACAUCCAUUAAUGUUUGAAAAGCUUCCAGUUAUGAGUCAGAUA